CUCCGACGUCGGCAAGUAGGAAAAAUAGUUAGCUAAGCUUAUCCUGUCAGAUGGUAGCAAUAACGAGCAAUGCUAUACUGUAGUGCGAAGUAGUGUAAUUCAUAACAGUAUCUAUUUAUUUCAUCAUAUGAAUCUUUAUAUAGUAAUCGCAUAUUCAAAUUAUAACAAUUAAAAGUGAAAAUUCUUUAAGUUUGGUGCAUUAAAUGGAGGACAAGAAAGAAGACGGAGAAUCGGAGAUACAAGAACACGGACCCGAGCACUGGUUUUCAAAAUGGGAGCGGCAGUGUUUGGCCGAAGCGGAGCAGAGGGAGCUGAGCGAGGAGGAGGCCGACAACCACCAAGAUAAACUGUGGCAUCUUUUCCAGAACUCCGCCACUGCAGUGGCACAGUUAUACAAAGACCGAGUAUGCCAUCAACAGGGCCUGUCGUUGUGGGUGCCAUUUCAGAAUGCUGCUACAGCGGUGACAAACCUCUACAAAGAAAGUGUGGAGGCUCAUCAAAGAAGCUUUGAUCGGGGCGUACAAAUAGGCCACCAGCGCCGUAAUAAGGACAUGUUGGCCUGGGUGAAAAAGCGCCGGAGAACCAUUCGUAGAGAGGAUCUUAUAAGUUUUCUAUGUGGCAAAGCACCACCACACAGGAGUAGCAGGGCCAGCACUCGGUUGUCCAUGGUGGCUCCCAGCCGGGCUAAUUCACCAGCUGAGACCGGCUCAUCUGUAGAAGCAGACCUCCAGCCAUUCAGGGAGGCCAUAGCACUGCAUGGCCUUAGUGGAGCCAUGGCGAGUAUUAGCGUGCGCUCCGGUGCUCCAGGGUCUCCCACACACGUGAGUGGGAGCAGCAGUAAUGGAGGAGGUACUGGCGGAGGUGGAUCCUCUGGCUCGGGGUCAGUCUGCCGCAGCAGGCGCAAUGGACUUCAAGACGUCGACUUGAACACUUUCAUCUCAGAGGAGAUGGCCCUGCAUCUGGACACUACAGGGUCUGCCUCUGCUGGAGGAGGGGGAACCAGGAAACGAAACUCCACCCAGUGUAGUGACGUCAUCACAGACUCCCCUACACACAAACGCAACAGGAUGAUCUGAUUCGCUGCCUGCCUCUGUGUGAGAUGGGUGGGGGAAGCCUUCAAAGCUGAGGCAAAAAGUAGAUGGGAGUGGACUGGCUAUUGUGGGACAGAAGUGCAGAUGAGUAGACCGACGUGCGGAUGUCUAGCUGUGCAAAAAGGAAAUGGGCUGAAAAUUAAAUGGACUGACGGUACUAAGUUCAGUCUGGAAUUUUGGACAAUUUUUGUUUUUCUGAACACUUGACUACAAAUCACUGACCUGCAAUCAGAAGACUGAGUGUGAACAUGAGAGAUGGUGAGGUCAGGACAACAUCACACACUCCUGUCGUUACUUCCCUUGAAAGGAGACAUUGCACACUCCUAAGUUACCGCUGCCCUGGAAGGGAAACAGACGGAAAUCACAAACUGAUCAAACAGUUCUCCAAGGAGUGAAAACGCACAGCUGCUUUACAAGUAAAAGCCACUUGGUCCUUGAAACUGUUCCACCCUUUCCUUCUUUAGCCUCGCACAUCCUCACCCGACACCUCUUGAAUGAGGAAGUGAGGGCCAUGAUCAAAUCAUCUCACUCGGUGACGAGUUGCUCGCCAAAUGUUAGACACCGCUCAAACAUCCCACCUGUUUUCUGUUCCCUCAUCAUUGCAGCUAUUGGUGGUGAGGAUCCAUAAUCCUGUAGGACAGAUCUGCGGCAUCAUCCUGUCUCACCUGCUGCUUGUAACCAGUAACAUUUUCUGGCUACUCGACUGAUGGCAUGUAACUACCAAUAGCAGGCUACUGAUGUUUGGAAAUGUAGGUCUUUAUUCUCCAACUGCUCAGCUUCAACAGUGGCUUUAUUAGGUUCAGCCGCCAAGUGUUAAAAUUCUUGUUGCCACUGUUUUCUGCAGUGAUAACCAGGAUAAUGUUAUGUUCUACUCUGUUUUUGUUGUUCAGGAUAUGCAUAUUCUGUGUAUACAGCUUCUCAGCCAGCCCCGUUUUCUGACUGCGGUGCCCUCUUUACCUUUAGCCCAGUCUUAUCACAAAAGCAGCUGCUGGUUUAUGUAAUUGUGAUUGUUAUUUCUUUUUCGUUGAUGAGUUGCAAUAAGGAUUUUUGCACUUAGCUUUCACUUCUAACUCAUGCAAACAAAUCAGCUCUUCCAUUGUAUCCCAGUUGUAGCCUUGUCCAGCCAUACACAGGUCCACCCAUUACUUACUGAUUGGUGCUUGGAGAAAACACUUGAUAUGAUUUGUAUAAUUGCUCUUGCAUACACCUCUGGUUCUGACAACUCUUUUAAAAAGACUUGUUUGAACAGAUUUCGGAGCGUUUCAGUGUAUGGGUUCUACUUGUACGUUUGGACUUGGAGUUGUUCCCUGUCUUAAAAAUGUAAAUUAUUGGCAGAUAAUUGGUGCUGUCAAAUAAAAUGUAAAACUUACAAAAGUAGCGAUUCUCAGCGACCCACCAAACCCACGCCAGCAAGGACACACUGGCCUCUUGGUGGUGAUGGCUGUUGGAGACACUGCUCUUUGUAUUAGGGAUGCGGCUGUGUUUUUUAUUCUUAUUUUAACUGCGAUGAAUCAUCUGGGGCCUUGUUUCAUUCUUGAAAUGGAUGUUGCCUUCCAUUCAUUUAAGGGGGCAGAGUAGGAGACACUGAUAUCACAAGUCAGAUUUGUCAGUAUAUUCAGCAACCAGCACUGUAUCCAUUUUGGCUAAUUUUUGGGUACUAACGAAACAUUAUUGGGGAAAUACAUUUGAAUUGUGGCUAUAAUAAACUAUUUGAGAUAUGCUUUAAUUUAGCAUAGGAAUAAUUAACAUUUUUUGUAGCUCUGUCACAGAUUCUUAAUGGGUUUUGGAGGUGCCCUGCCACAUGUGAUGCAGCGAGUUCAACGUAAGCCGACAGGUGUAAAGUCAUCAUCUUGACUGUUCUAAAUGCCACGGCUGACUUGUAAGAUGCCAGUGAUUUCUGCUUAUUCCUUGUUUUUGUUGACUUCUUCACUCCCCAUUACCUUUAUGACCUGGAGACCGCGUUUCCAUCAAUGUUUGAAGCAUGCUCAUUUUAACAUUUGUUACAUUUCGGUCACAGAUUUCAUGUUUUGCUUUUGCAUUUAGGUUGAGUUUUAUAUUCAGCAAUCGCUUAAGAGUGGACCCAGGUCGAGAUUUGAUUCUGUCAAAAAUAUCUUUUGUGUUGAGGAGUUUGAAUACAAGUGAAACCACUGAAUACGAAAAUGAAAAAUCAUAUUGGAAAUGUUAAAUGCAAUCUGUUUGUUCUGCAUGGCUUUGGCUAUCCCAGGUUCAGUCACUAAUGUAACAUUAGAAGGAUAUUUGUUUCUUGAAUUCAGAUUUUGGCCUCCAAGUUUUAGUCUCUGAUUGGACAUAGAGCUCAUCCUAUUCUUUCUCCAGACACUUCACUGGCAUUGGUAGCAUCCUGACUGAAACCAGAUGGUGCGUUUAUGUAGAAACGAGUACUUCUACCCUCCCUGUGGUUCGGCUGCAUGACGAUGUGUUGGGUAAAAGAAAAGAUGUGAAGUGUCUGCUGACAGGGAAAUCAAAGUAAAAUUCUGACUAUCAAAGGACUGUUUGUACGUGGAGGGCUGUGGUCUUUAUAACCCUGAUGUCGGCCUGCAGUGUUAUAACAGGGGUCACUCUGUUUUUCUCCCCCACCACCCCUGAGCCAGUCAAAGGCCUUUAUCCACAGUUUGAAAAGGCUGACUCAUGCCAUGUGUCUCUGGAGCCAACACUAUUAUCAACUGUUUCUUGAUACUUAUUUGUUUAAAAGUAAUAAAUGGCUAAUCUAUAUACUUAACAUUUAUUGUUGGUAUGAUAUAUGUGGUUCACAUUGUAAAACAAAUAAAACAAUUGAGUUGCAAUUGGAUGGAUAAUGUUUCAUUAAAAAAGGAAAUGUC